AUGGAUGAACACGAGGGGUAUUUCAUGUUAAAUCGACCACUUUUGAACCCGACUCCUUUCGAUUUGGGUGCCAUUAUUGUCGUUUAUAUCUCCAAACGUACGUUAAUACAAAACAAAACAACUUCUCAUAUUUAUAACGUUAAAACGCAAAGUGUUAUUGAGAUCAGAACUACUUGUGUUGUGAUGUCAGACGACAGCUCUGUUUCAUCAAGCCAAGAUUUGGUUCUUGCACAUGAUGAAGAUAUGAAUGAACAAGAACCUGAAACUGAGUUAGGACGUGUACAGAAUGUUCAAGAGAUAAAAAAUCAAUUGAUUGCCGAGUGCAAUAAACGUCCCUAUCUCGAUGGUACAUUUUUUAUACCGGAUUUGGAAAAAUCUUCCAUCGAUGGUACGGUUGUUGGCAUUUGCCAAAUUUGCAAAAAAGAUCAUAAUAAGAAUCAUAGCAUUCGUGGAUCACUGAAAGCUCUUUCUAAUUAUAUUUCUCACAUAAAGACAGUUCACGGUAAUAAGAAAAAAGAUUAUGAUAAAUACGUCACCGAAAAGAAAAAUCAAAAAAUUACAGAAGAAAAAGAUAAUACUAAAACUAUGUGCAAAUUUUCUCAGGCGGUUUUUGAAGCAAAUAUUAUUAAUUGGAUAUUAGAAACCUUGGUUCCUUUCAACGCAGUGGAGUCACCAUCUUUCAGGAAAAUUUUUGAUGAUAUGCAUAUCAAAAAUCGUGGUAUGCCUCUUCGACAUUUAUCAGCUAGGACAGUAGCACGGAAAAUCGAAGAUACAUUUAAACAUAAUAUGUUGUCUUUGAAAAAUAUGAUUAAAAGUGCACAAUAUGUUUGUAUCACAGCUGACACUUGGUCCUCCAAAAGCCGUCGUUUUAUUGGCAUGACUGUUCACUGGGUCAGCGAAUUAGAAGUGCCGCAAUGUGAAAUAGAUGAAGACGACUGUAUAGAGGCUGAAGAUUUUGAAAGCAGGCCUGAUAAUUGUCCAGUAGAAACACUUGCACAUCACAUACGCUGCGCCAGUCACAUCCUUAAUCUAGUUGCUACGACAGAUGUUAUGAAAAUUAUUGCUGCAACAGAAUCAUUGCAGUCGAAUUACACAACUUUACUUGAUCAAAGUUUAAAGAGACCUGUCGCAACGCGAUGGAAUUCUUUGUAUGAUUCAUUGAUGCAGAUUUUCGGCUUACAAGAGAAGAUUUUAUCAAAUAUGGAGGCUUUGAAUCCAGAUAAAACUUUAGACAGAGAUGAUUUCAGGUUCAUGGAGGAGUUUCUUCAUUGUCAUCGUCCUAUUGCUCAAGCUCUGGAUAUUCUACAAGGAGAUAAAGUAGCCUCGUAUGGAUUCCUUCUUCCAACACUGAUUUCAACGAAAAACAGGCUAAUAGAAUGUCAAAAACUAAAUUUUCAAUAUUGUGACGACCUCGUCAAUGGAUUGAUUACAGCAUUAGAAACUCGUUUCAAAAAUAUGUUUGAAGUUGUUGAGGAAGGCCGAAAUGCUGCAAUUGCUGCUGCAACCCAUCCCCAGUUUAAAUUGGAAUGGUUAAAAAGUUUACCUGACCAUGCAAAAAUUAAUGUUCUGGAAGCAUUGAAGGAGGCUAUAACAUCUAUUGUAAAUAAUGAUAACCAAAGACACCAGGAACAAGCCAACGAUCAAGUUGAUAAUAGUUUCUUCUUAUUUACUCCACAUCCUGAUCAUACAACGAAUGAUGAAACAGUGUUAGGAACUUGGGAUCAAUAA